AUAAACCCCACUGAAGAAGAAGACAGCUGGCACACACAGCAGCAGUCGACCCGACAAUGGUUUGAUUCACACUUCAGUCGUUAGCGAGUAGGUGUGAGGCACAGUAGAGCCUCUCAUCCUAAGGCCUUCGGAUGUUUAGCCAUGUGUGUGGCCGCAUCCUUCUGCGAGCAGCCAGCAGCACCCUCAGCCCUCUCGCUCCCCAGCAUGCCCUCUACUCCUCCAUACCCUCCUGCCCCUCCCCCUCUCAGUGGCCCAGUCUGACCCAGCGAGCCUGCCUCUCCUCCUGGGGCUGCUCUGGGUCUGGUGCUAGGUGUAGGUCUGGGGCCACCAUGCGUUUCCUCUCCACCUGUCAGGACCUGGACUUCCAGCUGAGCCGUGUCCAGAUCAGCAGCAUCCUGCGAGCCAACGAGCAGGCUGUGAGCAUCCCUGAGUUUGAUGGCCGGGGUCUCAGUGCUGUGAGGAAGUUUGAGAGCAACCAGCUGGCAGCUAACACCCCCAACGAGGACCGCCGCAGCGCAGCCACCUGCCUACAGACUAAGGGCAUGUUGUUUGGGGUAUUUGACGGCCAUGGUGGCUGGGCGUGUGCCCAGGCGGUCAGUGAGCGUCUGCUGUACUACGUGGCGGUGGCCAUGAUGUCCCAGAGAGGACUGGAGGAGCUGGAGCACUGCAUGGAGCAGAGCAGGCCUGUCCCGCCCAUCCUACAGUGGUACAAAAACCAUGGAGACUACAACUACAGAGAGUCAGCCUCACUCUACGUAGAACACCUCCGGGUCUUCUGGCAGGAGCUGCUGGACAGCGAGGAGCACGGCGACGGAAUGAGUCCUCCUGAUGCUCUGUACUAUGCCUUUAAGCGUCUGGACACAGACAUCUCUCUGGAGGCCCAGGUCCCACUCUCCAGCGACCUCAUGAGGAGUACUGCCAUACAGGUGGCGUUUGCUGGCUCCACAGCCUGUGUUGCCCAUGUAGGCACUGAGGGGAUCCAUGUGGCGAACGCAGGUGACUGCCGUGCAGUGCUGGGGGUGCAGGAGGAGGACGGGUCGUGGAGCGCCUUGCCCCUGUCCCAGGACCACAAUGCCCAAAACGAGGCUGAGCUGGAGAGGCUCCGAGCCCAGCACCCCCCCUCGGAGAGGGACACGGUGGUCACUGACGACAGGCUGCUGGGGAUCCUGAUGCCUCUGCGUUCGUUUGGAGACGUGAGGUUCAAGUGGAGCCUUGAGCUGCAGCAGAGUGUUCUAGAAAGCCUGGAGUCUGGAAUGGACCUGGACUCUCUAAACCUCUACCAGUACACUCCGCCCAACUACCUGAGUCCGCCCUACCUGGACGUGGCGCCACAGCUGACCUAUCACAGCCUGCGACCGCAGGACCGCUUCCUGAUCUUGGGCUCUGAUGGGCUGUGGGACGAGAUGAGCUCUAAGGAGGCGGUACGGCUGGUGGGAGAACACCUGAGUGGGAUUCACCUACAGUCUCCCGUCUCCCCCACUGAGAGACAGUUGAACCUGGGCCAAAUGCAAGAGCUGCUGCUGAAACGCCGUGCCCGUGCCAUGCCCACCCUGGACUCCAACGCUGCCACACACCUCAUCAGACACGCCCUGGGCACCGGGCAGUAUGGAGAGCUCUGCCAGGAGAGACUGGCAUCCAUGUUGGCUCUGCCUGAGGACCUGGCACGCAUGUACAGAGACGAUAUCACAGCUACUGUGGUUUACCUGAACUCUGACCUGGUCAGACAACACAGUCAUCAUAGUCCCAAAGCAUCAUCGGAGCAACAUGUUUCACCAGACUGACUGGGUACCACAUCAUACAUGACCAUAGUUUAAAUAAAUCAUAUUUUCUUAUGAACUCUCUGGUGCACUUCCUCACUUUAUACUGUCUGAUAAAAUCCUAAAUAUAUUUUCAGAACUAUAUUUUCUAUGACUUUAUGUUACCUGGUGUUAGUUUGGUAAAACUGCUAUGUAAUGUAUUUUUACUAUUUGCUGACAAUCUACAGUCCACAAACUAAACUGAAGGUUUAUUGUUAUUGGCACAUGUAGUUUGUACAUGUGUAAAGUCGAGUUGAGAGCAGUCCGAUCAGUGGAUGAAGUGAAAUUGCUCAUUGUUUGCUGUAAAGGUUUUUUUCAAAUCAUGAAUUGAACUUCAAAUCACUUCCUAAUGAAAAUGAGUUAAAAUGUUAACCAAAACCCUUCAAUUCUGUUCGUUGUUUUUCUGUCUGUGUUAGUUUUGAGUUGUCUCCAUCUCCUGUAAUGUGUCCUCUGCUCUCUCAAAUCCUCUGUUUUCCCUCUUAGGAUAUUUUUAAAAUGUUAUGCUCGCCUCGCCCACAGGGUUUCUUUAGUGUAAUUAACACUAUGGAGCAGAGGCUGGACGAAGUGUACUUUUUAGUCAGUCACAUGUCAGUAUUUUAGGUCUCAAUGUACCAUCUUCUGUUUCAAUAAAGGACAUUUUGGUUAAA